CAUGCGCCUGGCCCUCUAAGCUCAAGAGAUACGCGUGCUGCUUAGCCUAGGCUUUUUUUUUUUUUUCAGAAAAGGCUGGAAGAGCGUCAGCCUUUCCUGUAGUUUCCGAUUCUGCUCCCCUCCCGCACCUCGCUGCGAGCCUUACGCGGAGCCUUUUUUUCCCCCCGGAGCCUCUUAAGGAAGAUUUUAGCAGACGGCGAUCCACUCGUGAUCCACUCGGUCCAGUGAGCGUGAUUUGUUAGUUGGAAAUCUUUCCUGGUUCCUCUGACGGCUUAGCUAUCUUGUGAAGGAAUAGAGCUGAAGGCCUUGGAUGUUUUGUCGAGAUUUCUUGUGAAUACAAAGUCCUGUGGAGAUCCAUCAGUCCAUUUUGAAGUUGGAUUAGAGACCAGAGAGAAGAUGGAAGGAAAACACCCAGCAGAUGCAGCAGUCGGAAAAAGUCCUACAGCUGCUCAGCCUUGGAGCUUUGGGAAGAAUGGGGCAAAUCCUGGGCAAAAGACCCAAAACAAUGAAGCCAACAGUUCAGAGGUCAAAUCCUGUCACUUCAGAAAAGUGCAGUUCCAGGAGGGGCGGAGUCCCCGAGAUGUUUGCACUCAGCUUCACCGCCUUUGCUGUCAGUGGCUGCAGCCGGAAAGACACACAAAAGCUGAGAUGCUGGACCUGGUGCUCCUGGAGCAAUUCCUGGCUGUCCUUCCCCCAACGGUGGAGAAAUGGGUGCGGGAAUGUGGAGCAGAAACCAGUUCCCAGGCGGUGGACUUGGCCGAAGGCUUCCUGCUGACCCAGGAGUUGGAAAACAUACAAGAAGAGUUGCAGAAGUCCUUGGAAGAUGUAUAUGAUUAUCCCAAGGAAGGGAAAGAUUCAUCCAAAUUCUCUCAGGAGCUGCAGUUCAGGGAGAGCUUCCAGAAAGAUCAAAGUCAGGAGACAAGGCCAGAGAAUAGAAAGCUGUCCUUGGUUUUUUUAGAAUCGCCUCCUCUUUCUGGUGGAGCUGUAAGAGUGCUUGAAUUUCUGCCUCAGGAUGUUGUGUCUUUUGAGGAAGUGGCCGUGUAUUUCUCUGAGGAGGAGUGGUCUCAGCUGGAUCCUGCCCAAAAAGCUCUCCAUGGGGAAGUCAUGCUGGAGAAUUCCAGGAAUCUGGCUUCUCUGGGCUAUAAUCGGCAAGAGAAUAAGAAUUACAAGGCGGAAGGCCAAGCAAUGCAUCCGAAAGAGGAAAAAGGGAAGUUUGCGGAUCAGAGCAGUGAGACAAGCCAAUCACAAAAUGGAAUUAUAAAAGGCUUUCCUCGGAUCAGUUGGCUUCCUAACCAUACAGGCAUUAAUACAGGAGAAAAACCAUACAAAUGCUCGGAGUGUGGAAAGAGCUUUAAUAAAUCUGCUCAUCUCAUUUCCCAUAAAAAGACACAUUCGGAAGAUAAACAAUUUACUUGCAAGGAGUGUGGAAAGACCCUCUGUAAUAAUCACUCUCUUAGAAGUCACGAAAGGAAUCACACAGGAGAACGACCUUAUAAAUGCAUGGAGUGUGGAAAGAGCUUUAGUUGUAGCAGUAACCUUACUUCCCAUAAGAGAAUCCACACAGGGGAGAAACCAUAUAAAUGCAUGGAGUGUGGAAAGACCUUUAUUCAUAGCAGUUACCUGAACUCCCACAAGAGGAUCCACACAGGAGAGAAGCCCUAUCAAUGUGUGGACUGUGGAGAGGGCUUUCGGUGGAAUUGUGAUCUUACUUCCCAUAAAAGGAUCCACACGGGGGAGAAACCAUAUGAGUGCAAGGAGUGUGGAAGAAGCUUUAGUUUUAGCAGUAGUCUUAAUUCCCACAAGAGGAUCCAUACAACAGAGAAGCGAUACCAAUGUGUGGACUGUGGAGAGGGCUUUCGUUGGAUCUGUGAUCUCACUUCCCAUAAAAGGAUCCACACGGGGGAGAAACCAUAUGAAUGCAUGGAGUGUGGGAAGAGCUUUGCAAGGAGUAACGCUCUUACUUGCCACAGAAGGAUCCACACACAGGGGAAGCCAUAUCAGCCGAGGAAGUAUGGGAAAAGCUUCAAUAGCAAUAAGGGUAAUCCUCGGUUUAUGACUGCGAUUGAAAUUUCUGUUGCUAAGCAAGACACCUGUGGAGAUCCAUGGGUGCAUUUUGGAGCUUUAUUAGAGACCAGAGAGAAGAUGGAGGGACAACACCCAGCAGAUGCAGAAGUUAGAAAAGGCCCUCCAGCUGCUCAGCCUUGGAGCUGUGGGAAGAAUGGGGCAAGUCCUGGGCAGAAGAGCCACGAAGAGGCAUCCAACACUUCAGAGGUCCAAUGCUGUCACUUCACAAAAGUGCAGUUUCAGGAGGGGAGCCGUCCGCGAGAUGUUUGCACUCAGCUUCACUACCUUUGCUGUCAGUGGCUGCAACCAGAAAAACACACCAAGGCUCAGAUGCUGGACCUGGUGCUCCUGGAACAAUUGCUGGCUGUCCUUCCCCCAGAGAUGGCAAGAUGGGUGCGGGAGUGUGGAGCAGAGACCAGUUCCCAGGCGGUGUCCCUGGCUGAAGGCUUCUUGCUGACUCAGGAGGAGGAAAACAUGCAGGAAGAGUUGCAGAAAUCCUUGGAAGCUGUGACUGAGUAUCCUAAGAGGGGGAAAGAUUCAUUCAGAUCUUCUCAAGAGCUGCUCUUCAGGGAGAACUUCCAGAAAGAUCAAAGUCAAAACGCUACGCAAGAGAGUAGAAAGCUAUCCUUGCCGUUUUUAGAAUCACCUCUUUGUGCUGGAGCUGAAGGAUUAGCUGAACCGCUACUUCAGGGUGUUGUGUCUUUUGAGGAAGUGGCUGUGUAUUUCUCAGAGGAGGAGUGGUCCCAACUGGAUGCUGACCAAAAGGAGCUCUACAGAGAAGUCAUGCUGGAGAAUUCCAGGAAUCACCUUUCUCUGGGCUUUAAUGGGCAACAGAAAAAGAAUUACAAGGAGGAAAGCCAAGCGAUCUAUUCGAAAGGGGGGAAAAGGAAAUUUGUAGAUCAGAUGCAACCGAAGAGUGAUGAAACAAAGCAAUCACAAAGUGGAAUUAAUAAAAGUCUUCCUCGGGUCAGUUGGCUUCCUAACCAUACAGUGAUCGAUAAGGCAGAAAGACCAUAUAAAUCCAUGGAAUGUGGAAAGACAUUUAAUAAAUCCAGUCAUCUCUUUUUUCAUAAAAAGACACAUUCAGAAGAGAAACGAUUUACCUGCAUGGAGUGUGGAAAGAGCUUCUGUGAUAAUUACUCUCUUAUAAUUCAUCGAAGGAAUCACACAGGAGAAAGACCUUAUAAAUGCAUGGAGUGUGGAAAGAGCUUUACUUGUAGCAGUCAUCUUAAUGGCCAUAAGAUGGUCCACACAGGAGAGAAGCCAUAUCAAUGCAUGGAGUGUGGAAAGAGUUUUAGAUGUAGGAGUACUCUUAAUCGCCACAAGAGGAUCCACACAGGAGAAAGACCUUAUAAAUGCAUGGAAUGCGGAAAGACCUUUCCUUACAGCAGUCAUCUUAAUGCCCACAAGAGCAACCACACAGGAGAGAAGCCAUAUAAAUGUGUGGAGUGUGGAAAGGGCUUUGUAUGGAAUUCUUCUCUUGCCUCCCAUAAAAGGACCCAUACAGGAGAGAAACCGUAUCAAUGCAUGGAGUGUGGAAAGAGUUUUACUCGUAGUAAUGGUCUUAAUUUCCAUAAGAGGAGCCACACAGAAGAGAAGUCAUAUAAAUGUUUGCAAUGUGGCGAGGGCUUUAGAAAGAGUUGUGAUCUCAUUUCCCAUAAAAGGAUCCAUACGGGAGGAAAAACCAUAUGAAUGCAUGGAGUGAGGAAAGAGCUCUUGCAAGGAGUAGCACUUUUACUUGCCAUAGAAGCAUCCACACAUGGGAGAAACCAUAUUAAUAAAGGAAGUGUGGGAAAACCUUCAAUAGAAAUCCAGAUAGUCCUUGGCGUAUGACUGCAAUUGAGCCCAAAAUUUAUGUUGCCAAGUGAGACAGAUAUUAAAAAUGUGUUUUGUGAUUC